GUUUACAAAUGGCCGGACUGUGUCAACUUGUGUUUAUUACAUCGACAUUUUAAUGCCCGUGUGCCUUGUUUUGUUCUUCGGAAAUGGAUCAAAGUUAACACAACUGGAGACAUUUCAGUGAUCAUCUUUCUAAAUACUAAUUAUCAUUUUGAUAGAAGAAGAGCUGAAGUUAAGACUUAACUACAAUUUAUUUUAAACCAUCUACUUGAAAAUGUCCAUGCGCACUCGCAUUCGUGGUUUCACUGCGUGGGUUAACCUUCGACUAACGCCUUACAAUCAGCUAAUGUCAAAUGUGCUCAUGGAUCUCUUGUCUGGAACAAGUAUGAAACAUUUAACUGAAAGCAUCACAGGAAGGAUUUUUAAAAAGUUAGAUAACAUGGAUGGCUUAUCUCAGCAGCAAGUUCUUACCAGAGUUCAAUGGAUGGUUGAUGAACUGAAACAAUGUGGUGUUCUGCCCAAUGAUGUAUAUGUAGAUCCUCGCAUGUUUGCCAUGAGAAGUGCUGACCAUGUGUUUGAGGUACUGUGGCGUCUCAUUUCCCAUGACAUUUGGUUUGUAUGGGAGAGAUAUGAGUUUUUCCAACUCGAUGAUCCUGAUAUUAUCACUCAAGUACCUUUUAAGUGGACACCUGACCCACCACCAAUGAAAAAGAAAAAAAAGAUUAAAAAAUCUUUACUCUCUGGAUUUGGAGCUUCUGCUUUUAAGGAGGAGCCUAAUGAAGUUGAUCAACAAGACUGGAUCAAAUUUCCAAACUCUGAGCUCAUGAUGAAUUUUAAAAAGAAGAAACCAGUUCCUGGCAAAUAUCCAGCCCCAGAUUCUUGUAUUCUGGAAAUUGUUAAUGCUGAAUUAAAGAAAACAAAUGAGGGAAGGAAACUUCAUUGCUAUGGGUUUGAUGACCUUGUUGACAGCAGGAUUUUGUGUGCUUUAGUCAAUGGUUUUGUUCCAAGUACUUUCCCUACAGAUUUAUUACUUAAUGACAGAUGGACCAUAAAUCUUGUACUGAGAACAGCAGAAAAAAUGUUCUACUCAGAAACACCUUUUGACUCUGAAGAUUUAGGGGAGGCUGAUGGUAUGGCUGUGUCAGCAUACUUUACUUUCUUCUUUAUGGUGGCAUUUAAGUACAGACAGUGUGAACAUGUGGCAGCUAAAGCAACUGCUUUAAAACAAAAACUGAAAAAAUUGACAGAAAGUUUAGACAGAUGUCCUACAGUUGUCUCCAACUUGGAAGAGAUGCAGAAGAGAAAAGAUUUCAGAUCACAAAUUGAUCAUCUUAAAGAAGAAAUUAAGAAACUGUCCCUGCAGUAUGAUACUGACUACUGCAAGCAAUGGGUGGAGCAUGUGUUAAAUAUAAAGACAGAAGUAAGAAAGUAUAUUGACGAUUGCAUGAAAAAAAGAUUUGAAACUGUUGUUAUUCCAAGGAAUAUAACCAUAAAUAAUUUGUGCUUGUCUUGUGCCAUAAACUUGAGUCUUUCAAAAGGAUCAGGCUUUUAUCUCUCCUCAUCUUCAGAGGUUCUGACUGAAGGGAGACAACUAAUUUUAAAACUCAAGAAAACUGGAGAAUUUAUUGAUGAUUUUAGCUUAAAAAACAAAGGUUCUGUCAAGCAGAUUCUAGGAAUAACAAAAUCAUUUCCAGUUGAAGUUAAUCCUGCAAACUAUCCGCAGUAUGAGUUCUACUUUGAAGCUUUGAGUCGCAACAAAUACCUGAAAAUUGGAAGCAUCUUUCUGUAUCAAAUUUUCCCUGGAACAACGACAAACUGGCAGAAAGCGCUGAUCAGAGCAGCAAAAGAUAAUGAUGCAGACAGUGUGAAUAAAAUGGUGUCAUUUUUCUCUAGCAACCCUUCAUUUAUCAACUCAAAGGAUGCUAAAACUGGACAAACAGCUUUACACUUAGCUUCCAGACAUGGGUAUAAUGACAUGGUGCAAACACUGCUAGAGAAUGGUGCUGCUAUUGAUGCCAAAGAUAACUCACAAAACACUGCCUUGUUUCAUGCCAUAGAUGGGCUUCAGAAAGAAGCAGCACAUUUAUUAAUAGAAUGGGGAUGUGAUGUACACUGUCGAAAUUCUAAAAGAAGUUCGCCAUUUGAGGUAGCCAAAAAUGAAGAAUUUCGUCUUUUACUUGUUGAUUUGUAUAAUUAUUAUUCUACAAUUGUGCCAAAGAUCAUGAAAGGAGAUAAAGAAAUCAUGAUAAAAAGCUUAGCAAAUCACAUAAAUGGUGAAAAAAAGUUUCAUAACCUACAUAGCAGAUGCAUAAACGGCAGCACAUUGCUCCACACAGCCAGUUACUAUGGUUACACAGAUGUAAUUGAAGAUUUACUGCAGCUCAACGUUGAUAUUAAUUUAAAGGACUAUAAAGGAGCUUCACCAUUACACAGGGCCAAAAAUGCUGAAACUAUUAAAAUGCUGCUAGACAAUGGAGCAGACAUUGAUGCCGAAGAUUCUGAGGGAAAUACAUGUUUGCAUGUCAAGUGCUAUGGACAGAUUGAUCAGCCAACAGAGAUGGCUGCCAUUAAAACACUGCUUGAUGAAGAGGCCAAACUUUUAAAAAGGAACAAAAGGAACCUGCUACCCAUUCACUGCUGUGUCAUGCAGGGAAGAAUUGAUGCCACUGAGCUUUUGUUAGACUAUGACCCAGACAACACAGUCAAGAAAACAUUAAAUAGUGAAAAAGAUUUUAACCCUCCAAGCUUGCUACAUCUUGCUAUAGCUAAUAACUUCCUCAGCUGCGCUGAAUGGCUAUCCAAAAGAGGAUUCCAAUUUAAAGCAAAAGAGCAAGAUAUUUUACUUCAGAGAAUACUAACAGAGAAAGUUAAAGUUUCAAACCUCCCUGAAGUGGUGCAGUAUCUAUUUGAUCAUGGCGCCAACCCCAACCCCAUCUAUCCUGAUGGGAACACAGCCAUCCAUUUUGCUGCCAAACAAAGUGGUUCACCAGAGGUCCUGGAGGUCAUGCUGUCAAAUGGCGCCCAGGUCGACAGCGUCAACGACGAGGGAUACACCCCCCUGAUGCUCGCUUGUCAAACAUGUAGCAAGGUUGCUGCUUGCAUUCUCAUCAACAAUGGCGCUAAUGUCAGGCAAAAAAAUAUGCAUGGUCAAACAGCUUUAGACUACAUAGAAGAUUAUGAAGAAUGGAUACAAUCAGGGUAUUUUUCUGAUGAGGUCAUAAUCAAACUAAAAGCAUUUGAUCUGAAAAACUCCAGAGAACUUGUCAGGGCCAUCUCCCAUCGCAUCAAAUCAGCAUCAGCAGUGAGCACGACAUCGCAGUCAUUCCGCUCAGCACCUCACACAGCUGUAUCCACCAGGACAAGGUCUCAGACAGCCACCCACAGAUCUACACCCCACACUGGGCUCCAUUCUCUUCCAUCAGCUCAGUCCAGGAAGUCUACCAGAUCUUACAAAUCUUUACCUGCUAUAGAGCACAGGGCUAUUUACAUUGUUCAUUAACUUGAUGUUUUUAGAAAAAAAUUUCAUGUAAUUAAAUAAGUUGUUUAGAUGUUAGCUAUAUAAAAAGUGAGUAACUUACACAUUCCACCAAAAGUUACUUUGUAUGCUUACACAACUAAACCUCUUUAAUGAUUACAACUAAACAGGUUGUAUAUAGUUGAAUAGUAUUAUACUUAUCAGUAUUGUAGCUAGUAAAGUAUCCUUGAAUAGCCUGUUUACAAAUUGCUUAAAAGCAAGGUAAAAAAAAUAUUUUUUCACUCUUGAUAAAGAUUAGUGUGGGGAGUUAACCUGCCAAGUGAGGCAAUCAACCUACAAAAACUUGACCUCAAAGCUUCAUUUUAAUUCAUGUAGUUAUAAUUUAUUUGUAAGCAGCAUUUGUAUACCUCUAAGCAGUUAUGUUAUUGAAGAAGUAUUUUUAUACAAG